AUACACUGCAGUAAAACUUGAAAUCAAAUCUCUCUCUCCCUCCCUCUCACACAAGCCCAAAUUCAGAAAAGAUGAAGAUGAGCAGUGCUUCCAUGGGAGGAUCAAAGAGGAGGCUGCCGAGCAGAAGGCUAGGGGGGGUGCUAAGAGAGCAGAGGGCGAAACUUUACAUAAUAAGGAGAUGUGUGGUCAUGCUCCUCUGCUGGCAUGAAUGAUUUGUUAAAGUCUCCAGCCAUGGGAGGAUUUUGGUCCCUUUUUUUUUUUCUGUUUUUCCUUGAUCUUUCUCCCUUUUUCCUUUCUGGUGGAGCAGUGUAAAUACUGGCGGUGGCGGCAGCGGAUGUUACCGGAAAGUUAAUUUAACUAAUUUUGUAUGGUUGGCUCUGUGGCCUUUAUAUGUACAUUAGGUAGUAGCUUGAAUUAGAACUUUGAUAUUAUUUUACCAGAAAAAAAAAAAAGCUAUGCU